AUGCAUAUAUAUAGGUCCAAGAAUGGCCAUCAGACUAUCCAUCUCUCUCUUUCACUCUCAUUUCUAAGAACGAAAAUGGAAGCAUCAGCUGCGUCAGUAACAGUUUCAGUAGCUAUAGCUGCUGUAUUGUGGUGGAUAUGGAGAACUCUAAAGUGGGUUUGGUUUAAACCAAAGAUGCUUGAGAGUUACCUGAGAAGACAAGGUCUUGUCGGAACUCCUUACACGCUACUUGUCGGAGAUGUGAAAAGGGAAUAUAGCAUGUCAGUGGAGGCAAGGUCCAAACCCAUCAAACUAACGGAUGAUAUCGUCCCACGUGUCUCGCCCUUCCCCUUUCACAUGCUCAAGACUUACGGAAGGACUUUCUUUACAUGGCGUGGACCUAUACCAAGCAUCACCAUUACGGACCCCGAGCAAAUCAAGGAAGUGUUGAACAAGAUUUAUGAUUUCCAGAAGCCAAAUACAUUCCCCUUGAGCAGACUUGUAGCCAGUGGACUCUUUAGUUAUGACGGUGAUAAAUGGGCUAAACACCGAAGAAUCAUCAACCCUGCUUUCCACCUUGAGAAGAUCAAGAAUAUGGUACCUGCGUUCCACCAAAGCUGCAGCGAGGUAGUUGGCAAAUGGGACAAUAUAGUCUUGGAUAAAGGGUCAUCCUGUGAGGUGGACGUCUGGCCUUGGCUUAUGAGUAUGACUGCAGAUGUGAUCUCUCGUACCGCUUUUGGCAGCAGCUAUAAGGAAGGACAGAGGAUAUUUGAGCUCCAAGCAGAACUAUCUGAGCUCAUCAUACAAGUUUUUCGUAAAGCUUUCAUCCCGGGAUAUAGUUAUCUCCCGACAAAGGGUAAUAGAAGGAUGAAAGCAGCAGCUAGAGAAAGCCAAGCUAUACUGAGAGGGAUCGUUAACAAAAGGUUAAGGGCGAUAGAAGCUGGGGAAGCACCAAGCCAAGAUUUGCUUGGCACACUUCUUGAAUCAAAUUUAGGACAAGGUAAAGGAAACGGAAUGAGCAUUGAAGAUGUGAUAGAGGAGUGCAAGUUGUUCUACUUUGCCGGGCAAGAAACAACUUCAGUACUUCUAGUUUGGACAAUGAUUCUGUUAAGCCAACACCAAGACUGGCAGACUCGUGCAAGAGAAGAAGUGAAACAAGUUUUUGGUGAUAAAGAACCCAAUGCAGAAGGCCUGAACCAACUCAAAGUUAUGACGAUGAUAUUAUAUGAGGUCCUUAGGCUAUAUCCUCCCGUAAUCAAUAUGACCCGAACCAUUCACAAAGAGAUGAAGCUAGGCGACGUGACGCUACCUGGUGGCGUCAACAUCAUUCUACCUAUUAUGCUAGUCCAACGCGACAUCCAGCAAUGGGGUAACGAUGCAGCAGAGUUCAAGCCCGAGAGAUUCAAAGAUGGCAUCUCAAAGGCAACAAAGAGUCAAGUCUCCUUCAUUCCAUUUUCUUGGGGGCCAAGGAUAUGCAUAGGCCAAAAUUUUGCCAUGUUGGAGGCAAAGAUGGCUAUGGCAUUGAUUCUACAAAUAUUCUCUUUUGAUCUUUCUCCUUCCUAUGUCCAUGCUCCUUACACGGUGUUCACCCUUCACCCACAGUUUGGUGCUCAUCUUAUCAUGCACAAGAUAUAGUUCCAUUCCAUAACACAUGUGUAAUGUUUUUCAUAUGAGCUUAUUAUAUGUAAGAGAAAUAAGACUAGUCAUGGUAUGUUCUAAAACCAUGCUUUUAAGUCGAGAAUGCGUCUCUGACUAUUAUAUCCUUUCAA